GUUACCGCGGCGGCUCACCAUUCGUGAGUCGAAGAGGCUGCGCUGCGUGGCGGUUGCGGAAAUCCUAGAGUUGAGGCGCCGCAAAUUACAGUCAAGAUGCAGAUCUUUGUGAAGACCCUGACUGGCAAGACCAUCACCCUUGAAGUUGAGCCAUCAGACACCAUUGAGAAUGUGAAGGCCAAGAUCCAGGACAAGGAGGGAAUCCCUCCAGACCAGCAGCGUCUGAUCUUCGCUGGAAAACAGCUUGAGGAUGGCCGCACCCUGUCUGAUUACAAUAUUCAGAAGGAGUCAACUCUUCAUCUGGUCCUUAGGCUCCGUGGAGGCAUGCAGAUCUUUGUGAAGACCCUGACUGGCAAGACCAUCACCCUGGAAGUGGAGCCAUCUGACUCAAUUGAGAAUGUCAAGGCCAAGAUCCAGGACAAGGAGGGAAUCCCCCCAGAUCAGCAGCGCCUGAUUUUCGCCGGCAAGCAGCUGGAGGAUGGGCGUACGCUGUCCGACUACAACAUCCAGAAGGAGUCGACGCUUCAUCUGGUCCUUCGCCUGCGUGGUGGCAUGCAGAUCUUCGUGAAAACGCUUACUGGGAAGACGAUUACUUUGGAGGUUGAGCCAUCUGACUCGAUUGAAAAUGUGAAAGCCAAGAUCCAGGACAAGGAGGGAAUCCCUCCCGACCAGCAGCGUUUGAUCUUUGCUGGAAAGCAGCUGGAAGAUGGCAGAACCCUUUCUGAUUACAACAUUCAGAAGGAAUCCACCCUCCACUUGGUCUUGAGGCUCCGUGGAGGUAUGCAGAUUUUCGUCAAAACGCUGACUGGCAAAACGAUCACGCUGGAGGUUGAGCCGUCUGACUCGAUCGAGAAUGUCAAGGCCAAGAUUCAGGACAAGGAGGGAAUCCCGCCAGAUCAGCAGCGUCUGAUUUUUGCCGGCAAGCAGCUGGAGGACGGCCGGACGCUGUCAGACUACAACAUUCAGAAGGAGUCGACGCUUCAUCUGGUUCUGAGGCUCCGAGGAGGCAUGCAGAUUUUCGUUAAGACCCUGACUGGCAAGACCAUCACCCUCGAAGUUGAGCCCUCGGAUACCAUUGAGAAUGUGAAGGCCAAGAUUCAGGACAAGGAGGGUAUCCCCCCCGAUCAGCAGCGUCUUAUCUUCGCUGGCAAGCAGCUGGAGGAUGGCCGCACCCUGUCUGAUUACAAUAUCCAGAAGGAAUCUACGCUCCAUCUGGUCCUGCGACUCCGUGGAGGUAUGCAGAUCUUCGUGAAAACGCUCACAGGCAAGACCAUCACUUUGGAAGUGGAGCCCUCGGACACCAUUGAGAACGUGAAGGCCAAGAUUCAGGACAAGGAGGGAAUCCCGCCCGAUCAGCAGCGUCUGAUUUUUGCCGGCAAGCAGCUGGAGGACGGUCGCACCCUGUCUGAUUAUAACAUUCAGAAGGAGUCGACCCUUCAUCUGGUCCUUAGGCUCCGUGGAGGUAUGCAGAUUUUCGUGAAGACCCUGACUGGAAAGACGAUCACCUUGGAGGUGGAGCCAUCCGACUCGAUCGAGAACGUCAAGGCCAAGAUCCAGGACAAGGAGGGAAUCCCUCCUGAUCAGCAGCGUCUGAUUUUCGCUGGCAAGCAGCUGGAGGACGGUCGCACCCUGUCUGAUUACAACAUCCAGAAGGAGUCUACGCUUCAUCUGGUUCUGAGGCUCCGCGGAGGUAUGCAGAUUUUCGUCAAAACGUUGACUGGCAAAACGAUCACUCUGGAGGUCGAGCCGUCUGACUCGAUUGAGAAUGUCAAGGCCAAGAUCCAGGACAAGGAGGGAAUCCCGCCAGAUCAGCAGCGUUUGAUUUUUGCCGGCAAGCAGCUGGAGGACGGCCGGACGCUGUCUGACUACAACAUUCAGAAGGAGUCUACGCUUCAUCUGGUUCUGAGGCUCCGAGGAGGCAUGCAGAUCUUCGUUAAGACCCUGACUGGCAAGACCAUCACCCUCGAAGUUGAGCCCUCUGAUACCAUUGAGAAUGUGAAGGCCAAGAUCCAGGACAAGGAGGGAAUCCCUCCAGACCAGCAGCGUCUUAUCUUCGCUGGCAAGCAGCUGGAGGAUGGCCGCACCCUGUCUGAUUACAACAUCCAGAAGGAGUCAACCCUUCACCUGGUCCUCAGGCUUCGUGGAGGCAUGCAGAUCUUCGUCAAAACCCUGACUGGCAAGACCAUCACCCUGGAAGUGGAGCCAUCUGACUCAAUUGAGAAUGUCAAGGCCAAGAUCCAGGACAAGGAGGGAAUCCCCCCAGAUCAGCAGCGUCUGAUUUUCGCCGGCAAGCAGCUGGAGGAUGGGCGUACGCUGUCCGACUACAACAUCCAGAAGGAGUCGACACUUCAUCUGGUCCUUCGCCUGCGUGGUGGCAUGCAGAUCUUCGUGAAAACGCUUACUGGGAAGACAAUUACGUUGGAGGUUGAGCCAUCUGACUCGAUUGAAAAUGUGAAAGCCAAGAUCCAGGACAAGGAGGGAAUCCCUCCCGACCAGCAGCGUCUGAUCUUCGCCGGAAAGCAGCUGGAGGACGGUCGCACCCUGUCUGACUACAACAUACAGAAGGAGUCUACGCUUCAUCUGGUAAGACCCUGACUGGCAAGACCAUCACCCUUGAAGUUGAGCCAUCAGACACCAUUGAGAAUGUGAAGGCCAAGAUCCAGGACAAGGAGGGAAUCCCUCCAGACCAGCAGCGUCUGAUCUUCGCUGGAAAACAGCUUGAGGAUGGCCGCACCCUGUCUGAUUACAAUAUUCAGAAGGAGUCAACUCUUCACCUGGUCCUUAGGCUCCGUGGAGGCAUGCAGAUCUUUGUGAAGACCCUGACUGGCAAGACCAUCACCCUGGAAGUGGAGCCAUCUGACUCAAUUGAGAAUGUCAAGGCCAAGAUCCAGGACAAGGAGGGAAUUCCCCCAGAUCAGCAGCGCCUGAUUUUCGCUGGCAAGCAGCUGGAGGAUGGGCGUACGCUGUCCGACUACAACAUCCAGAAGGAGUCGACGCUUCAUCUGGUCCUUCGCCUGCGUGGUGGCAUGCAGAUCUUCGUGAAAACGCUUACUGGGAAGACGAUUACUUUGGAGGUUGAGCCAUCUGACUCGAUUGAAAAUGUGAAAGCCAAGAUCCAGGACAAGGAGGGAAUCCCUCCCGACCAGCAGCGUUUGAUCUUUGCUGGAAAGCAGCUGGAAGAUGGCAGAACCCUUUCUGAUUACAACAUUCAGAAGGAAUCCACCCUUCACUUGGUCUUGAGGCUCCGUGGAGGUAUGCAGAUUUUCGUCAAAACGCUGACUGGCAAAACGAUCACGCUGGAGGUUGAGCCGUCUGACUCGAUCGAGAAUGUCAAGGCCAAGAUUCAGGACAAGGAGGGAAUCCCGCCAGAUCAGCAGCGUCUGAUUUUUGCCGGCAAGCAGCUGGAGGACGGCCGGACGCUGUCAGACUACAACAUUCAGAAGGAGUCGACGCUUCAUCUGGUUCUGAGGCUCCGAGGAGGCAUGCAGAUUUUCGUUAAGACCCUGACUGGCAAGACCAUCACCCUCGAAGUUGAGCCCUCGGAUACCAUUGAGAAUGUGAAGGCCAAGAUUCAGGACAAGGAGGGUAUCCCCCCCGAUCAGCAGCGUCUUAUCUUCGCUGGCAAGCAGCUGGAGGAUGGCCGCACCCUGUCUGAUUACAAUAUCCAGAAGGAAUCUACGCUCCAUCUGGUCCUGCGACUCCGUGGAGGUAUGCAGAUCUUCGUGAAAACGCUCACAGGCAAGACCAUCACUUUGGAAGUGGAGCCCUCGGACACCAUUGAGAACGUGAAGGCCAAAAUUCAAGACAAGGAGGGAAUCCCGCCCGAUCAGCAGCGUCUGAUUUUUGCCGGCAAGCAGCUGGAGGACGGUCGCACCCUGUCUGAUUAUAACAUUCAGAAGGAGUCGACCCUUCAUCUGGUCCUUAGGCUCCGUGGAGGUAUGCAGAUUUUCGUGAAGACCCUGACUGGAAAGACGAUCACCUUGGAGGUGGAGCCAUCCGACUCGAUCGAGAACGUCAAGGCCAAGAUCCAGGACAAGGAGGGAAUCCCUCCUGAUCAGCAGCGUCUGAUUUUCGCUGGCAAGCAGCUGGAGGACGGUCGCACCCUGUCAGACUACAACAUCCAGAAGGAGUCUACGCUUCAUCUGGUUCUGAGGCUCCGUGGAGGUAUGCAGAUUUUCGUCAAAACGUUGACUGGCAAAACGAUCACUCUGGAGGUCGAGCCGUCUGACUCGAUUGAGAAUGUCAAGGCCAAGAUCCAGGACAAGGAGGGAAUCCCGCCAGAUCAGCAGCGUUUGAUUUUUGCCGGCAAGCAGCUGGAGGACGGCCGGACGCUGUCUGACUACAACAUUCAGAAGGAGUCUACGCUUCAUCUGGUUCUGAGGCUCCGAGGAGGCAUGCAGAUCUUCGUUAAGACCCUGACUGGCAAGACCAUCACCCUCGAAGUUGAGCCCUCUGAUACCAUUGAGAAUGUGAAGGCCAAGAUCCAGGACAAGGAAGGUAUCCCCCCCGAUCAGCAGCGUCUUAUCUUCGCUGGCAAGCAGCUGGAGGAUGGCCGCACCCUGUCUGAUUACAAUAUUCAGAAGGAGUCGACCCUUCACCUGGUCCUCAGGCUUCGUGGAGGCAUGCAGAUCUUCGUCAAAACCCUGACUGGCAAGACCAUCACCCUGGAAGUGGAGCCAUCUGACUCAAUUGAGAAUGUCAAGGCCAAGAUCCAGGACAAGGAGGGAAUCCCCCCAGAUCAGCAGCGUCUGAUUUUCGCCGGCAAGCAGCUGGAGGAUGGGCGUACGCUGUCCGACUACAACAUCCAGAAGGAGUCGACGCUUCAUCUGGUCCUUCGCCUGCGUGGUGGCAUGCAGAUCUUCGUGAAAACGCUUACUGGGAAGACGAUUACUUUGGAGGUUGAGCCAUCUGACUCGAUUGAAAAUGUGAAAGCCAAGAUCCAGGACAAGGAGGGAAUCCCUCCCGACCAGCAGCGUCUGAUCUUCGCCGGAAAGCAGCUGGAGGACGGUCGCACCCUGUCUGACUACAACAUACAGAAGGAGUCUACGCUUCAUCUGGUCCUCAGGCUCCGUGGUGGUAUCUGAUGUCAUUCCUGUGUACAAUAAAUGCUAAUCCGGUUCCGUACGUUAUGGUUUGUGUGAUUUGAACAUUACGUUUCUAACUCAGCCAGCCGAUUUGGGAAACAAUACACGUGCAACGAUA